AUGUCCCACGAAUCCGUGUGGUACAGCCGCCCACGCACCUACGGCAAGGGCUCGCGCAGCUGCGUGGUAACCGGCUCGCGCAAGCACGCAGGUCUGAUCCGAAAGUACGGGCUGAACAUGAGCCGCCAAGCGUUCCGGGAGAAGGCGGCGGAUAUUGGGUUCGUCAAGUACCGCUGA